AUGGCAAGAAUUAACAAAAGUUUUGUAUUGUUACUUAUUUUAACAAUUUUGAAAAUAUGCUACUCCCAAGAUGUUAUCGAAUUAAAUGAUUCAAACUUUGAAAGUUUGACACAGAUAUCAACAGGGAAUACGACAGGAUCAUGGUUCAUCAAAUUUUACGCCCCUUGGUGUUCACAUUGUAAAGCCAUGACAAAGACAUGGAAUCAGCUAGCGGCCGAAUUAAAAGGAACAGUGAAUGUUGCAAAAAUAGAUGUCACCACAAAUUCAAAAACGAGAAAGAGGUUUAAAAUAGAAGGUUUUCCAACAAUCAUAUAUUUUAAAAAUGGAAAAAUGUAUGAUUAUAAAAAUCAUGAUAGAUCAUUAGAAGCAUUCAAAAUCUUUGUUCAAGAAACAUAUAAAAAUGUAAAAUCAUCUGAUCCGCCCAAACCACUUAGUUAUGUGGAUGUUAUCAAAGAUAUGGCAAAUGAAACAUUUUCUAAUAUUGACAGAAUAUACAAGUAUGCUUUUCCAUCUCUAGUCGUUAUUAUCGUUUUGUCAUUUUUAUUUGGAUUCAUUACGGCUCUUGUUUUAAAAAAUUGUUGCUCCUGCAUCAAAGCUUCAAAAAGCGAAACUUCCAAAAAAAAAGAUUAA